CGACAGAGCCCUUCAAAGGCUGCGUCAGUCAGACAUGACACGAGCAAAGCAAAGCAAAGCUAGGCCAGAGGCACUCACAGUGCCAGUAGAGACUGCUGCAGUCCCGUCCCCUCAAUCACGACAUCCCAGCUUGUACCAGCGAGGGAUUCCAUGGUUUUUGGAUAUUGAAAGAAAAGAGAAAGGAAGAAACAAAAGUUUGUGGGAGGAGUUGUAGGCAACGAAGUUUUUCGGAUGAGGAAUCCACGAUUUUAGCGGCAUUACAUAAGCAAGAUGCCCCACUAUGCAGCAAUAUCUUCAAAGUUCGCUUCGGCUGGGGAUUUCCUCUUCUUCUUUUUCGAAAUUAUACCGUUUGACCAUUGUGUAGCACCGCGUCUUCUAUGGCGAUGCGAGAUGUGAAGGUCCUUUCAUUAGGACUCUUCGUUGUCGGACGGGAGACAAAACAUGCGUUCCGUAUCUACUGCUCUUGAAUUUCACCUGACAGAGUAGUUCGAAGUGUUCGAUACAGUCCUUAUAUCUCGUCAAAUAGAAGCAAUAUAUUACCGUUGGUCUACUGUAUCAGCCUCCUGCUUGUGCCUAUUGUCGGCCGUCAUUGAUAUGUGCAUCAAUACGCUGUCCGCGCCAGGGAAUUGGGGUUACAGCCGCAUCAGACGUUCGCACCACAGCCACCAAACGGCCAGCCUCGAAAACAGACCUAGUGAUAUAGCCAUAGCUAUAGCUCGCAUACAUACGUACAUUGAUGUUUCCGCAAGCUAUAGCUUCCCGAUGUGAGUCUGGGCUGGGUUCGGCACAGUAGAGUCGUCCGUUCAGCUGCAUAUGUUGACCCCUUGGCACCCAAAACCUCGGAUUCAUGUCCAACGAGAUAAUAUAACUCGGCGGGCACCGUAUUUGCAGCUUCUGGUGGUGUAUAAUAUGCCGUGAAGGAGCCAGACGGGACACAUCUAGAAUAUCGGUGAUCUGCUGGAUCAUUGGUCUUGCGGGGGUGAAGACCCCAAUUCCCCGCACUCUCCAAAGUUUCCCCAUGUCCGUUUUUCUGCCGCACUCUUCUAGCCAUCCCACAAAUUAUAUCUCACGUAGAACUUUGAAACUGCCGUAAACGGCCAAUGAAGGAGCUCAUGAAAUAAAUUUAAUUUCUCUAAUAUUUUAGUAUGAGCUACUCUGCACCGUGAGCUUGCGUCCGUAUAUCGGAGGAGAAGAGAGACUACUAACCAUAUGUGGGGGAUCUAACUCUUGUCUGCCCCGCACAUCAACCGUCAUAAAGCUUCCCAUUCCCAACAAUAAAGCUUCUCCAAGCCAAACUUCCUCAAUAUCACCAGAACUUACAAUUGUGCUUCCAUUAGACUUCUCCCCGCCUCUCCAACCCUCUCAAUCAACGGUGUGCUAAAAGAAAAUCCACUCACCUCAAUCCACCACCACCCCGCCAUCAUGGCCUCAGCACCAGAGCCCCAACAAAGCAUGACCAACAUCCAACCCACCUCCCUCACAUCCUUCACCCAGAGGCUCCUAGAAGCCAACUCUGUCUCCCCCGCGCACGCAGCCAUCAUCGCCAAAGCCCUCGUCCUUGCCGACCUCCGCGGCAUCGACACGCACGGCACCCAACGUCUCCCCUCCUACCUCGCCCGUAUCCGGAGCGGCGUCCUCUCCCCCACCGCCGAGCCAGUCCUAACCCAAACCACCCCCGUCGCCGCACACAUCGACGGAAAAAACGCAUUUGGUUUCGUCUCCGCCCACCAGGGUAUGGAAGUCGCCAUCGAGGCAGCGAAGGUGUAUGGUAUCGGCAUGGUAUCGAUCAGCCACUCCAACCACUUCGGUAUGUCCGCGUGGCUAGUGCAGCAAGCUCUCGACGCCGGGUUGAUGUCGUUGGUCUUCACGAACUCGUCGCCGGCGCUACCGGCCUGGGGCGGGCGCGAGAAGUUGAUGGGUGUGAGUCCCAUUGCGGCAGGUGCGCCAGCGGGUAAGACGAAGCCGUUUAUUCUAGAUAUGGCGCCCAGUGUUGCGGCAAGGGGGAAGAUUUAUAAGGCGCUGAGGCGGGGUGAGAAGAUUCCGGGGGACUGGGCGCUGGAUGGGGAGGGGAGGCCGACGGAGGACCCGGCGGAGGCGUUGAAGGGUGUUAUGCUACCGAUGGGGGGCCCGAAGGGGAGUGGGUUGGCUGUGAUGAUGGAUGUGUUCUCUGGGGUUUUGUCGGGGAGUGCGUUUGCGGGAGGUGUGACGGGGCCGUAUGAUCCGUCGAAGCCGGCGGAUGUGGGACAUUUUCUUGUGGCGAUUAAGCCGGAUUUGUUUAUGGAUUUGGAGGCGUUUAAGGAGAGGAUGGAUACGCUGUAUCAGAAGGUCGUUGGGAGUGAGAAGAUGGCGGGUGUGGAUAGGAUUUUCUUUCCGGGAGAGAUCGAGCAGGAGACGAUGGAGAAGAGGUUGGCUGGUGGGAUUCCAUUCGUACAGGCUGAGAUUGAUGCUUUGAAUGCAGAGGCAGAGCUUGUGGGAGUUGAGAAGUUGGAGAUAUAGGUUUUAUGGAAGUGAUAUGGAGGAGGUAUUCGAGAGAAGGCUUUCGGAGCGACGUUUGUAUCUAUCGUUGUUCAGUAAUAAUUAAUGAAUCUAUACUAUUUAACUG